CUCCUUUUUCAGCCGCAGGAUCAUACCCUAGGCCGUCACUACUCUACGGCCACUCUUCAUUAUCACAAGCAUUCCGACGUCAUUCGUGUUGGUCAACUGGUCUUGAUAAUUAACAUCUCUCACGUUGACCUCCAGAAUUUUCCACAACUGCGCCGUGUCUCGCGUUACAUCUCCUCACCAGCCGCGUCCAUUUUCAGCCGCGCAGCCGCACUUCAUACCAAGAGCAGCAUUGACCGCCGACGUGAGUCAUGGCGGCAGCGAAGAGAGCUUACGAUGUUAUCUCCAUCAACUCAGAUUCCAGUGAAGACGAAACGAUCAUGUUUGAACGACCUCUCAAGAUGGCGCGCCGGAACAAAACACAUCGUGGCCUCAACUACUUCAAGGAUGACGAUGAUCUUCAGCAGCAUAACAUGGAUGACCUGAUGCGCGCGGGACCCUCGGUCAGAAACGUGCGCAAUUCCUCUCCGAAACAUGCUCAAGGACACUCGGCGACUUCUCCCCAGACCGUCGACAGCAGCGAACAUGACUUUGAUCCUUCGUUCCCCUUCGACUAUGAAGACUUCCCCAACGCUCACGAUGAUGAGAUACCCGACCCUCUGGACGGAAUCAUCAUGCUCCACGAUCUCAGUCCCAGUCCUGCGCCGGACUUCGUCCCCGAACCGACCACGCUGGACCAAAUCAUGGAGAUCGUCCCUGAUGUCUGUCGCACCUACGCAUUCGAGCUACUUGUUGGACAAGACGAUAAUGUUGAGCGAGUCAUCGAGCAACUGUUCGACAAGCCAUAUCCCAAGGCGAGCGAAGUCCGUGCUGGACUGGAGGCCGAGAGACAAGCCGAGUUGCGUGCCCAGAAGGUGGCCGAAGAGGCAGAGAAGGCCAACCUCCUCAACCCGCAGUACAUAUUCUCUGGCAAGAUGAAGGAUGUCAUCAUCGAAGUCCUCAAGGAUGAGUUCAACACAAUCCCCAUCAAGUACAUCAGAGAAACCCAGAAGGAGAAGAAGCACCUCUAUGCAACCUACCUCGCCCUCAACGAAGCAAAGCACGCAGACUUACGUCCUUAUGGCAAGACACCCUGGAGACCUCUCAGAGAUGUCAACUUCCAAGUCUUCCAAGGCACCAAGGAUCAGAAAGCCAACAUUCCUGUCCUGAUGGAGCAAUUUAAUGCUGCCAGGAGAGCUGCUGCCGAAUGGAACAUCCAACGUCGCAAGAGCAUUGCGCAAAAGAAAUUGGAAGAAGAAACGGCUGCCCUCAAGGCCCAAUCCGAGGAGAAGAAUCUGGAGCUGGCCAAGGCCUCCGGCAAGCUUGCUGAGUGUGCUGCCUGCUUUGAUGAAUACCCUCUCAACAGAGUCGUCCGAUGCAACUCGGCAGAUGCACACUUCGUCUGUUUUGAUUGUAUGAAGACAUACUUGGAGUCCGAGACUGGACAAUCCAGCUUCAAGCUUGCGUGUCCAGGUGGUUGCGGAAACACUUUCGGCGAAUUUCAAUUGCGUCUUGUUCCCGAAACUCACCCACAGGUCGAUGAGCUCAUGCGCCUUCGACAAGAGCAUGACAUCCGUACGGCAGGCAUCGAAGAUGUCGAAGGUUGCCCAUUCUGUGACUUCAAAACCGUCUGUCUUCCCAUCGAGGUCGACUUUGAGUUCCAUUGUCAGAACGAAGACUGCAGCAUCACCAGCUGCCGCAAGUGCAAGGAAAAGACUCACAUCCCCGAAUCUUGCGAAGAGUUCCAGCGAAAACGUUCCAAGGAUGCAGCUCUCGGUCAUCGACACAAGAUUGAGGAAGCCAGAAGUAAAGCUCUCAUUCGCAAUUGCAACUCAUGCAAGAGAGCUUUCAUCAAAAGCGAGGGAUGCAACAAGAUGACUUGCCCUACCUGCAACAACAUCCAGUGUUAUCUCUGCGGUGCGAAUGUGACUGCUAACUACUCCCACUUCCAACCACCCAACCCUUGCCCUACCUUUGAUGAGAAGCUCACCAUCGAAGCCAGACAUGAUCAAGAGGUCAAAGCAGCUGCUGAAGCUGCAGAGGCCGAAGUUUUGCGUGAUCAUCCUGAGCUCAACAAGGAGCACCUUCACAUCAAGUUUUCGGACAGCGUCACCGAAGCAGAGAAGCGCGUCCUGGCGCCACCAAUGCCACCCCCGAGACAAGGAGCUCAUAUUCCCAAUCUUCUGGAUGGUGUGCUCUUACGCGGACAGCAAGCUCAGGACCGCCGUCGCGCUCAACGCGUUGAUCAACCACACAGACCUAGAAAUAUUCUGAAUAGAUUCCAGGGCCUCGGAGCAGCUGUGUUCGGUCAGCCUCGGGCCCCUGGUCCUGUGGUCGAUCAUCUCAACCCGAUCAGACAGGAGCCUCAAGCCAAUGUCGGAGCUCACGACCAUUACGCUCCAGACAUGGCUCUUCACAUGAAUGACAACAAUCACAUGCAACCAAGACCUGCAUUUGAUCGCUACUUUGGAGGAAACCAAGCUGCUCCAGGUGAUCUUGACUUUGCCAACUUCGCUGCUCAGGCAGGUGCGGAGAUGCCCGGAGUCGGCAAUGACUUUGGCUUCGAAGUCGACUUCAACCAUAAUUGGGAAGGGUUGCAGGCCUUUCCCGCCAUGCCAGGCAUGCCAGCAAUGCCAGUAGUGCCGCCUAUCCCGGUCAGACCUGCGGCUCAUAACCCGGGCAUGAACCUGGCAAGAGAUGUGGUUCAAAAUCAAAUCGACCACCAAUACGGCAAUGGCAAUCUGCUCAACAUGCUAGGUCGCCCGCGACAAGGCAAUGCCGCUCAAGUUCCUGCCCAGGCUCCCAUUGAGAACAACAACCCCGGUCAGGACAAUGGGUAUGGCUUUGGCUGGUGAAGCAGUUCUUUGAUACCCAACGCCUCUGCCAGACCAUCACCCGACAGUACUAUACUUUUGCUGCAACAGCUCGUAAUCGCCAUUCUGCUCGUGGACCAACAAAUCAUUGAAUUCCCCCUUUUGGACCAUUUCUCUUCUUCCUCUGGUAGAGGCCUUUUUUCCUUCUACUCUUGUUAAUCAUAUUGCAUUUCCGGACGGUCUUCCAAGUUUUCUUUACAUUAGCAUGGCGAAAGGGCAGGCGCAAAGAUUCGAUAUUACAAUUUUCGGGUUUCACUACUACAAAUGGGUGGGUUUUGCUUUGCACUUGCUGCCU